ACGAAUUUCUAAGCAUUUCAUGUGAUAUUUACUAUCGCUAAUUAACAUUUUUUUCUUAUAGUAGUAAUAAUAAUAAGGAUAUGUGAAUAUGGCCCGAAUAAACACACAAUUAGUAUACGUGUUGGUGAUUAUUCUGGUGCUGUCCUAUGCCUACCAGUGCUCCGUAACCUAUCGGGUGAUCAAACAGGAGCCCAACAAAACAGAGGCCGCCAUCGAUAUCAGAGAACCAGCACUUUAUUGGAGUCUUGUGUUGAGAUAUAGCAAUAGGGUUAGACUCAAAGUUAAUAACGGCGGUAAUAUUAUAUCGUCGUCACCUGAGGGUAAAAUUUAUAUAAUUGCCGGAAACCCAAUUCAGCCUGGUACUAAUUUAACCGUUGAUUUUACAUCUAAAUAUGAUAAAAAGCCCGGCGCUAAAUUGAUCAGUGCCACAUAUAAUGGACGAGCUAUUAAAGUGUUAUAGUGAGACUUUUACAUUUAUUAAAUUUACAUACAUUAUUGUGAAUAACAAUAUUAU